AUGUUCAAUCCGACAACAUCCCGCCUGCCCAAGGGAAGUACCAUCUUCGUCACCGGUGUGACAGGAUAUAUUGGGUCCUGGGUUGCGUAUGAAGCUCUCAGUCUCGGGUACAACGUUCGUGGCGCAGUUCGCUCCCUUGAGAAGGCCACUUGGCUUCAGGAUCAUUUCGAUUCUACCUUUGGCCCAGGACGUUACUCUCAAGUCUCCCUUUCCGACUCAUCCGAUUUGGUUGGCUUUGCAGAGGGUAUAAAGGGUGUAUCGGGUAUCGCUCACGUUGCAGUCAACACGGCGCGCUCGACUGAUCCAGAGCCUUACAUUCCCAACAUGGUGAAAGAAACUGUAGGCAUUCUCAAGGCUGCUCAAGCAGAGUCCACUGUUCGAUCUGUCGUUUUCACGUCCACUGCCUUGGCUGCUUCAGCUUGGGGUGCUAAAGGCAAGCUCAUAGAGUGGCAGUAUAACGAGGACUUUAUCGGAUAUGCCUAUGACCCAAACUUUCAGCACCCUUCCAAGGUUUUCAUAGUGUAUGGUGCUGCCAAAGCGAUAUCAGAGAAGGCAGCAUGGAAGUACAUGCAAGAGGAGAAGCCGCACUUCAGUUUCAACACCAUUCUCCCGAAUGUCAACUUUGGACCUUCGCUAGUCUACGAAAAGCAAGGCUAUGGCUCCAGUGGAAGGUUUCCCAAAGCUGUCUUCGACAACGAUGAAUCCAUAUUCAAGAGCGUGUUGCCGAUGUACCACAUUGACGUUCGCGACGAUGCGAAGCUGCAUGUUGCUGCCCUCGUCGAUCCGGAGACCGCUGGCAGACGGCUAUGGGGAUAUGGCGAGCCCUUCCACUGGAACGUAGUGCUCGGGAUCUUUCGCAAACUGUGGCCUCAGAGAAAGUCCCUCGACGACUUCCCGGGAUUAGAGCUAGACGAUAGCGAGCCGCCGACUGAGGGCGCACUCAAGGCGCUGAAGAAUGUGUUCGGUCAAGAUGGUUGGACUUCCCUUGAGACGUCUCUUAAGGAUGCUGGUCUUGAUAGGGAGCCGCCAGCCGGGUCAAAGAAGAUGGACAUUUUCAAUUGA